AUGUACACUCCACAAGUACCCAUCGCUGCAGUUCCAGCGCAAAGGAGCAGUUUGCUUUCCAAAAGACAAACUCAUUUUUCAAAUCAAUUGCACAUAGAUUGUCAUCAAAAUUACCCUCGAGGGUGUACAGCUAGUUGUCGCGACAAACAGCACCAACAUUUCCAAGAACUAGUGACGACUAUAAUUCAAAUAACAAUUAUAUUGAUACUGCCUAAUGGUCUAACAAUAACAUUUCAAUUAACAUUUCUUCAUGUGCAAUUUUCAGGAGGUAUUCGUAUUGGUCCCUUCAGAGGAGCGCCGGGUACUGAUGCACCGGUAAUUGGAUCAAGUGGUGGUGCAGGGGGUGCUACAAAUGCGCCAAUCGGAUCAGUUCAAACCAAUGUUCAACCUGCUACUACUGCACCGUCGAACACGGCAAUAGCUUCAAAUCCUGCCCAAACAACACUUCAAUCAGGAACGGGAGUAACGAAGUCCAAUACAGGCGCCGCAACGCCACCUGUUACUGUGGUUACCGAGCAACCUGGUAAUCCUGUUACUGUCACUACGAAUCAAGCUGGUAAUCCUGUUACAGUUACUACCAAUCAAGCUGGUAAUCCUGUUACUGUUGCUACCAAUCAAGCUGGUAAUCCUGUUACAGUUACUACCAAUCAAGCUGGUAAUCCUGUUACAGUUACUACCAAUCAAGCUGGUAAUCCUGUUACUGUCGCUACCAAUCAAGCUGGUAAUUCUGUUACUGUCGCUACCAAUCAAGCUGGUAAUCCUGUUACUGUUGCUACCAAUCAAGCUGGUAAUCCUGUUACUGUUGCUACCAAUCAAGCUGGUAAUCCUGUU